AAACUGUCGCGAGAGUGGUUUGGCCGGACGCCGGAAGUAGCUCGUCGCUCAAUAGCUGCCGAGGGGGUGGGCUCGCGGGCUUCAGGCGUCUAAGCUGCUCUCGGGUCGCUCGGCGGUGCAAGAUGGCGGACAUCUCCCUGGACGAGCUCAUCCGCAAACGCGGAGUGGCGACGAAGGGCCGGCUCAACACCAGGCCGGGCCUGGGAGGUGUUCGCGCUCGAGUUGGGAUCCAGCACAGCCUUCUCAGCCAGCCAGCACGUACUGCCACCUUCCAGCAGAGGUUUGACGCCCGGCAGAAGAUCGGCCUGGCAGAUGCCCGUCUCAAGCUGGGAGUCAAAGACGCCCGGGAGAAGCUUUUGCAGAAAGAUGCCCGGUUUCGGAUCAAAGGGAAAGUGCAGGAUGCCAGAGAGAUGCUGAACUCCCGGAAGCAGCAGAGCACAGUGUUGCAGAAGCCCCGGCAGGUGGCUGACGCCCGCGAGAAGAUCAGCCUGAAGAGGAGCGCGCCCUCCGCCUACCCGAGCCCGCCUGUGGGGACCGUGACCCCCGCCCUGAAGCUCACCAAGACCAUCCAGGUUCCACAGCAGAAGACCACAGUGCCACUACAUGCCCAUCCCGCCGGAAUGAGGAUCAACGUUGUCAACAACCAUCAGGCCAAACAGAAUUUAUAUGACCUGGACGAGGAUGAGGAGGUGACAGCGCACAUCCCUCCCAAGCAGAUGAAGUUUGCAGCCCCUGGCAGCUUUCUCCACCACGUGGCCGGGCUCAGCAGUUCCAAGCUCUCCGUGUCCAAGGCUCUCCCUCUCACCAAAGUGGUUCAGAAUGAUGCGUACACUGCUCCUGCUCUGCCCGCCUCUGUUCGAACCAAAGCCUUGACCAACAUGUCCCGGACGCUGGUGAACAAGGAGGAGUCCCCCAAAGAGCCGCCGCCUGCGGAGCCUGUCUUCAGCCCCUUGGAGGGCACCAAGAUGACUGUGAAUAACCUGCACCCUCGAGUCACCGAGGAGGACAUUGUUGAGCUUUUCUGUGUGUGCGGAGCCCUCAAGAGAGCCCGGCUGGUCCAUCCCGGGGUGGCAGAGGUGGUCUUCGUGAAGAAGGACGACGCCAUCACUGCGUAUAAGAAGUACAACAACCGCUGUCUGGACGGGCAGCCCAUGAAGUGCAACCUCCACAUGAACGGGAAUGUGAUCACCUCAGACCAGCCCAUCCUGCUGCGACUGAGUGACAGCCCUUUGGUGAAGAAGGACAGUGAGCUGCCUCGGAGGCUGACCGCCGCCUCCUCUGCCAACCCGCCUGCCGAGGUGGACCCGGACACCAUCCUGAAGGCGCUCUUCAAGUCCUCCGGGGCCUCCGUGACCACACAGCCCACAGAGUUCAAGAUCAAACUCUGAGCAGGGCAGGCAGGCGUGGAGUGGGGCAGAGGAGGGUGGCCCUGUUCCGGCCGAGCUGGUGACUGGUGGUCAUCGAACUGCAGCUUCUGGCGUGGGGUCACCGGGGUCGAGCUUCCUUGCUGGAUGGGACCCGCUCUCCUGUGUUGUGUCUACCUGUGUUGUUUCUGUGUCCACAUUUCCUGUAGUACAUCGUUCCCCCUCUACAUGUCAGCCGGGCAGGGUGUAUUUCUUGGGGUGUCCCCCGCCCUCCCCUCAAGCCAGUUGCUGACCUGGAAGCAGUGUGCUCAGUGGCCUGGCCGGCUUUGUGUGGCCCGCGGGGUGUGGGUCAGCACUGGGACACUACCGCUCGGCCGGGAGCUGUGCUGAUGGGAGCCGGGCAGCUCAGGAACAGUGCUACUAGCCCAGUGCCCACCGCUCGGUGGCAAUGUCCUUGUCCCUCACCACAGCCACCUCUGCAGGGCCCUGGGCACAGAGCCCCUGCCCUCGGCUUGGAGGCCUGUGCAGUCACAGUGACCGCUGCAGGCCGUCGAAGACUCUGCCUUGCGUUCUGCAGCGCUGUGGCUCUUGGGGCAUCCACGUGGGAGAUGCUGCUUUGUUCCUGGCUCUGCCUUUUCAGGCCGUGGUUGUCCACAGGCCAGCAGUCAGGGACACCAGCAGCAUGUGCCGCCCGGGGGCACUGUCUUCGCUGUUGGCAGCAGGUGGCAGGUUUCCCCGCAGGACUACAGGACAUGGUAUGAGUGUCCUAGAGAGGACUCCGGGCUGGCAGGGCUGUGGCGGUCUGGAGCAGCCCUGGGAGCCACGUAGAACUACCAGUGCAUGCUGUGCGGGGCACUGGCCUGGCCUGGCGCCUGCCCUGAGGGAUGGCACCAGUUAGCCCUUGGUUUUGGUGCUCAGCUCCGAGGCUGCCUGUGCCGGCGAACCCAGGAAAGGGGCCUGGUGGGCUGCAGUCGCUGUUCUUCAGCAAGCGCUGCUUUCCACCUCACCCCUCUGGUGGGGCAGGAGUUUCUCUGUGGGGCUGGAAGACAUUCCUCCCACCCCGCCCUCCUGCCCGAGAGACCUAGGAGGCCCUGGGACCUGGCUUCUCAUGUCCUGGGGUUAGGUGGCGCCUUCGGUUCGAUUCGGGGUGCGCAUACCCUGCCUGUGCUCCCCUGCCCGCCCUCCCCUGCACCCUUCCCAGCCAGCGGGCUGUGCUCACCCAGCUCCUGGCCAAGUGGUCUACUGGGAAGAGGGCGCCUUGUCCGCCUGCCCUGCCCUGCCGGAUGUCACCUUGGCGAGCAGAAAGGAAGCCGUGGGCAGCACUGUGUCCUCCUCACCUGCCGGCAUUGCCCAUCUGUGUGGUUCAGAAGGCGAGGCAGCGUAAGGGACGGAGGUGACUGUAUUACUUACCAUUUCUGAAUAAACAUUUGUUAUUCCUA